UACCUUCCCCUUCGCAUAUAUCCAUCCAUUCCUCUUACAACCCAGUACUUUCUCUUGUACGUUUAGUUUGUCGUGCUUUGUCAACCAUGGCAGAGAAACAAGCCCAUGACUUGAAUGGGGCCUACUACGGUCCCUCAGUUCCACCACCACCAGUACGCCAAUCCUACCACCGCCCUGGCCGUGGCAGCGGGUGUGGCUGCUGUGGCUGUUUUUUCAGAUUCCUUUUGAGUGUCGUAAUCUCCGUGGUUGUCACCCUUGGCCUUGCUAUCCUCAUCUUUUGGCUCAUCUUCCGUCCCAACAACAUCAAGUUUCACGUCACGGACGCCUCACUCACCCAGUUCAAUUUCACCGCCGACAAUACCCUCCAGUACAACCUUGAGCUCAACAUCACCGUCAGAAAUCCCAAUAAGAAGAUUGGAGUCUACUAUGAGCUCAUCUCGGUCAGGGCUCACUAUGAGGACCAGCGUUUCGAUUCGGUGAAUUUGACGCCGUUUUACCAAGGGCAUAAGAAUACUAGUGUUUUGAGCCCAGUGUUUGUAGGGCAGCAAUUGGUUUUGCUUGGUGCUGAUGAGCUUUCGAAAUUAAAUGUUGAGAAGAACGCUGGGGUAUACAGCUUUGAUGUGAAGCUGUAUCUUCGGAUUAAAUUCAAGGUGGGAAAGAUCAAGACUUGGCGGUUCAAGCCCAAGGUUAAGUGCGACCUGAAUGUUCCUUUGAGUUCUAAUGGGACAUCAGCAAGUGGUUUUGAGACUACCAAGUGCGACAUCGAUUUCUGAUGAUCGAUGCUGCAUGCCCUCUUUAUAUAUAUUUGAUUUAAUGUUUAAUUUAUUUUUUUGUCUGUACAAUGUUUUACGUGAUGUUAGCCUUUUUAUUUUUGCAAACACGAUUUAUAUGUAUCUAGGUUGCUUAUGAGAUAUGCAGGA